GCGCGCGCGGCUCCGUGUGACGUCGCUGGUUGAUGUGUCCUGAUGUUGGAGGUGCUGUAAAAAGAUCACUCAGAAUGCCUGGAAAUGUGCGAAAGUUAAGGGAUGAAGAUGUGAAUCCAUGUCUUGAGGAAACUGAUGCCUCCAGGAAGUGCCUAGAAGCAAAUAAUUACAACAAAGAUAUGUGCACCCAGUAUUUUCUGAGGUAUAAAAUGUGUCGGAAAUUCUGGAACAACAUAAUGAUUCAAAGACGAAGAAAUGGCAUUCGCCCUGACAUGCCAACAGCGAAUGAUAGAAAAGAAAUUUUGGAAGAAUACAAAGAGAAGCCCUACUGAUGUUCUUGGUUCUGAAAAAUGAUCAAUGUCAAUGAAUCCACUUGAAUAAUUUAGAAUAUGUAAUUUUAUAUCUAAAUAAAACUUUAUCAAAUUAAUGCAAACGUAACAUCAGAUAACAAAAGAGUGUAUAUUUCACAAAGGAUAUGUAUCCAAUUCUUAGAAAUUAAAUGCCUAACAGCACUGUCUUAAGAUUUGCAUAAUGGGAACAAAUUGCUAAAACACACUAUUUUUAAAAGCAUGCAGAUUAUAAUAACUUAAAAAUAAUUCUCUUUAAAAAUUGAUCUUAUAUGGACUGCCAGGAAAGGUGAUGGAAGCUAGGAAUUCUAUUUUGGACUAAGAUAUGUGUGUUACUUUUGUCAAUCUAGGCCACUGCAUAUGCCAAAAAAUACUCCAUCUCAAGUUUUAUGUAAAAACUAUUGCCCUGGAGUUUGCAGUCAGCAACAGAGAGAUGACACUCUUCACUGACCUUGCAGAAAGCUGACCAUAAAAUAUCUAGCGAUCUCUGUGACAUGGUUUUCACCAUACCCAGUGUUGAUUUCAUUUUGGUGCCAACACAAGGUGGUGGCUGAUGUUCAGCAACUGGGCUGUCAUUACCGGCCAAUCACAUGGAAGAAUUCUCAUAGAAAAAGAAUUGAUUAUGCUUUGUAAUAGUUUUACAGGCAGCAAUAUAAGUAUGGAGAAAUGCACAUGGAAUUAAGGUUGAAGCUGAAUUUUAAACUUUCACAUUUUACAUUUUAAAAUUUAUGGGAGUUCUUUUUUAAUGGAGAAAAUUGACAUCUAACAUUUAAAAUUAUUUUUGAGGGGUUGUUCAGUAGUAAUUAUGAACUUGGUAUGUUGUUUACACAAUUACCUCAUUCAGUAAGGCUUAACUUUAAGGAUUGUUAUAGUGAGACUAAUGAUGUAAGAGUGAAAGUUUGUGUCAAUUUAAGUCAUUUACAAAGAUUUCUGUCUGUGGGGACUUCAGCAUACCCUGUGGAGGAGCAGGGAAUCGCUGGACAUCUUCAGGAUUUCUGUGUUGAAUUGCACAUAUGCAGUUUCAUAGUUGUUAUUAUUGUUUGUUGUAUGUUUGUUCAGUCAGUCUCACAGAGUUUGAGUCUUGUAUGGUUGAACAGUAACUGUUUAUUGAUAACAUAUAACUAUGCACAUAUAUACAGGAUGUAGCCCAAGCUAUCUCCAUGCUUGCUUCUACACAGGUCACUGCUCAGUCCACAACUGACUUUAGUCUCAGGUCAUGUGUCUCUUUACAUCACACUGUGAGCAGUACUGUUUCCCAGUCUCACAUUAACCCUUGCAAUGCCAGAUACCUUAUACUACACCACCCCCCCCUCAAAUCUUCACCCAACAUAUUUAAAUUACAAUCAUGCUACCCCUUUUCCUCCCUCAAGUUUCUGACUUUAUAGAUUCAGACUAUCUGGAGGCUUGACAAUUCUUCCAGAUCGCAUUUGGUGGAGUGAUAGGCUCUGUUGAUUUGGGCGACCUUUGAAGAUUUGGAGUUUGAAUUGUAGUCUGUUUCUGGCACUUAAUUGUUGUCUUCCGAUACACUUUUUCUGCUCGUUGGAGUUGAACAUCUUUGUCAGCUCCCCAUUUGCUCUGCUCAGGGACCACUGACUUGAAUUGUUCUUCCGGAGAGAGUGUUCACUCUGUUCAUUUGUGGUACGAACCUCUGUUUUUAUUCUAUGUGAUCUUUGUGGGAGUUGAAGGUGUCUCCCCCAGUCGUUUGGCUGUUCCUCAUCAGUGAGCUCAUCUUGCAGUUUGGCUUUUGUUGCGACACUGUUUUUCCAUGUUUCUCUGUGCAUCACUGAGGUGUGCUCUGGUGAGUUGAUCACCGCUAGUUCCUUGCUCCAACAUUGUUUUGCAGCUUUGUGCGUUGUCUGGAGGUUGCAGUGUCUGCCUUGGUAUUUAAAGGUAGUUUGACAGCAACUGUUGGAGCUGAGUGUUGGUGCCUAUUCUUCUGUUACUAGUCAUUUUCCUCAAGUAUCUUCCAUUCAAGGUACAGUGGUAAUUAUCUGAAGGUUUAGCUUGUCUGACCAAAGAGAAUCUUAUGCCGUUUGCAAAGAAAUAGACCAAACAAGCUCUGUGAAGAGUGAACUUUUCACAUUUUACAUUUUUAAAUUUGAGAGUUUUUUAUAAUGGAGAAAAUUGACAUCUAAUAGAUAUAAAAUUAUUUUUUAGGGGUUGUUCAAUAGUAAUUAUGCACUUGGUAUGUUGUUAACACAAUUACCUCAUUUAGUAAGGCUUAACUUUAAGGGUUAAUUCAGCUCAAGUUCCAGUCGCGAAUCUCUUGACUGGCAGCUGGCAGGCCUCUCGGGAACUUGCAGUUCCGUUUAGUUGACGACAGAGGUUGACUUGGCACCUUCUACCAUUUUAACAAGAUUAAGGGUGACACAGGCAUCUGCUUGAGAAAAAUAUUGGUUUCAGGUUACGUAUAUGACUUCAAGUAUCUGCUUGUCGCCAUACCCUCGUGGCUCUAGGACCAUGCCUAUGACUGGAAGUUGGAUUCCUGAAAAAGCAGUGUGUGUUAUUCGUAGCCAGAGGUGUCUCAGCCACAGUUCCUUAUCUGAAAGCACCACAAUACUGUCUAAUUUGAAUUUGGUGAUGUGACUUUACUGAGAUGACCACAUUCCAAAAGAGAAUCCAAAAUCCUUGACCUCACCCAAGAAGCACAGUUGGGUCUCAUGGUGUGGGACCUCAAUCUCAUGGGUUGUCUUGAGAUCCUCCGCCUGUCUGGGUGUCUUAGCUUUGCAUGGUUAUCUGAAGUAUCCCAGGCAAUUGCAGUGAAGCACUGCACUGAGAUUGCCAGACGUGGCUCUCGGCUGUAAGGUCAUUUGGCUCCACAGUGCUGACGUGGUCUCCCACCGUCUUGUGAUCUGUUUGGAUAUUGCUUUUUUGGCCUGGAGAAUGUCUGCCCCCUUUAUUGUUUCACUAGCCAGGCAAUUAAGAUUGCUCUGUACCAUGGCUUACUUUCACCCCGUUAAAAUAGAUUGGUGCUGUUGGUGGAUUUCAAACUGUCUGACUACUUGAAUAGCCUUUUCUAGAGUCUGAUCUUCCCUGAUCUAUAGUAUGUCUGGAAGGGCAUUGUCAGCCACCCUGACAAUUCUGUCUCUUAUGAGUUCUGACUUAAGGUCACAGUAGUCACAGCCUUCAGCCAAUCUGUAUAAUUUCUUUAUAAGAGUCGGCUGGUUUCCCAGGCUGUUGGAAAGUUUGUUGAAUUUCACAUGCUCUCAAAUUUUGUUGCUUCUUUGAUUCAAAUAUGUAUCAAAUGAUUUUAGAACUUCAUCAAAUGUUCUGAGGAUUCGUUUAUUCCUUGUCCCUCAAUAAUAUCAUCAACUAUUGGACCUACUGAAUAAAGUAGUGUACUCACUU